AUAGGUCCACAUGUGGUGUUUCCUGCCACAGGGAACUCUGGCUCUAUGGCUACCAAGAUCCCAAUUAAGAAAUUUGGGAAAUGUCAGUGUGAGACACACCAUACUAAGAGCAUCCUGUACCAGAUCCUUAACAAAGAGCAUGGAAGUGAGACCAAGUGGCACCAACAGCAUCACAGUCCCCACUGCUCCACAGAAAGCAAGGGCUGCUCUUGUUGGGACAGGAGAAGAGUUGUCCUGAAAACACCAGAAGCCACAUGCAGAAGAGCUUCUGGAGUGCUCUUGAAGACUUCAACUUUUAUUAGAAACUUGCCUUCUUUUUACCACAUGCCUUUGGAUGAUCAACUUGUCCUCAUACAGCAGAACUGGGCCCCUCUUUUUGUCCUGGGCAUGGCACAAGAAGAGGUGGAUUUUGAUCUGAGAGAGAUUUCAGUCCCUAGUUUAUUGAAAAAAAUUCUCCUCAAUCAGUCUUUGACAGCUAGCAAUGAACUGGGCAGCUCAUCAGCAGGAGCAUCUUUAGCCGAAGUUCAGAAGAUGAAGAAUCUCUUGUGGAAAUGUUGGGACCUGGACUUAAGUGCAAAAGAAUAUGCCUAUCUUAAAGGAAUUAUUCUUUUUAAUUCUGGAUGCUGUGUCCUAAAAUGUCUCCCCUAUGUACAGAAACUGCAGCAGGAAGCUCAGCAAGCCUUGAUGGAGUUUGUCUCAACAAUGUUCCAUGGAAACCUGGGCAGGUUUGCUUCAAUUCUUCAGCUAAUCACCUCUCUUCGAGACAUUGAUGCAGAUGCUAUUGAAGAGCUUUUCUUCAGACCCAUUCGAGGAGAAGUCACCCUAAAUGUAUUGCUUCUAGAAACACUAUACAUCAAGCCAGACUGGCUUUGAAAACAGAUGACAUCUGAGCUCUUAAAUACCUAUUUUUGAAGAGAUGAGAGGUUAUUAUGAGCUAAAU